AUGUCGCACACCGGUACGAUGCGGGGUACUCCCAAGAAUCGCAAGCCUGAGCCACCUCACAUUACCCACAGUAGUCCGUCUGGAAUCCCACGUCCCGCUCUCGAAACCCAUGCCUCCCAAGUCACCCAGAGCGAUGCUGGUACCUCUCUCAGCGCCAGUAGGGCGAAAAUGUCGAAGAGGGAUGAUGCCAUCCGACGGAAAAUCGAGACGGAUUUGAACAAGAAGAAAAGCCAGAGUGGACGAGUGCGCCCUUCGAAGAAAGCGCCACCAGGCACAGUUCUAGCCCUCAAGCCUAGCCCAGCGCUUCAGAUCAAACCAAAUACUACCGUCGCAGAAGCAGCGCAGCUGAUGGCCGCGAAAAGGGAGGACUGCGUCUUGGUCACCGACGAAGACGAUCGCAUUGCUGGUAUCUUUACCGCCAAAGAUCUUGCUUUUCGAGUGGUAGGAGCUGGAAUUAAGGCACGCGACGUGACCAUCGAGGAGAUCAUGACCAAGAACCCCCUUUGUGCGAAAACCGACACAAGCGCUACAGAUGCCCUCGAUCUCAUGGUACGGAAAGGCUUCCGCCAUUUGCCUGUUAUGGACGAGAAUCAUGACAUCUCUGGUAUUCUGGAUAUCACAAAGUGCUUUUACGAUGCCAUGGAGAAGCUCGAGCGUGCGUACAGCUCCUCGCGUAAGCUCUACGAUGCUCUGGAGGGUGUUCAGGCCGAGAUGGGAUCAAGUCAACCACAACAGAUUAUUUCCUAUGUUGAAGCCAUCCGCCAGAAGAUGUCUGGGCCUACUCUGGAGUCUGUCUUGACCGGCCUGCCACCCACGACUGUAUCCGUACGCACCUCGGUCAAGGAGGCUGCGGCACUGAUGAAAGAGAAUCACACCACUGCUGUCCUUGUGCAAGAUCAGGGUUCCAUUACAGGUAUCUUCACGAGCAAAGACGUCGUCCUCCGCGUGAUUGCUGCUGGUCUUGACCCCGCUACUUGCAGCGUGGUAAGGGUCAUGACACCUCAUCCUGACUUUGCGCCGAUGGACAUGAGCAUCCAGUCUGCUCUUCGCAAGAUGCAUGAUGGCCAUUACCUCAAUUUACCUGUCAUGAGCGAUGCCGGCGAGAUUGUUGGCAUGGUCGACGUUCUCAAGCUGACCUACGCUACUCUCGAUCAGAUCAACAAUAUCAGCACCACCGACAACGAAGGCCCAGCCUGGAAUAAAUUUUGGCUUUCCAUGGAUGACGGAACCGAGUCUAUGAUGUCUGGCGAGGGGGGAAGCCGCGUCCAUGAUCACCGAUCAGUCAUGUCUCAUGACAAUCGCCCUAAUCUGCUGGACCGCGGAGAGAGUGUUCUUCCUGGCGAUUCAGCGUCCCACCACGGUGAUUCACCGUCGCAUUCGGCCGUAGCGGGUAUGCCGCCCACACCGCUGGAGGAUCUACCAUUUCCCUUCAAGUUCAAGGCCCCCAGUGGGCGUGUGCACCGCUUGCAAGUCGUCGCGUCUGCCGGCAUUGAGGAGCUUAUUCAGAAUGUGGCGAGCAAGCUUGGCGCCGAAGUGGACUCGAUUGGAGGCUGUCCGACAUUCGAUGGUGGCAAGAUUUCCAAGGGUGGCUUUGCUUUGAGUUAUCUCGACAACGAAGGCGACACCGUCUCGAUUACAACUUACGACGACCUCUACGAGGCUAUCAGCUUGUCACGCCAAGCUCAUCGCGAGAAGGUCGAUCUUUUCGUGCAUGACCCGGAGAAGCCACCCAUGGCCGCCGAGGUCAAUCCUCAGCCUGCACUCGCAAAACCCGCUACGCCGCCAGACUCGGUGCUCCGCCAGCGAAAGCAGUUCUUUGAUGAGGAAGAGGAGGAAGAGGCCAAGCCAAGGUCGAGGGGUCGCAACCAGCCGGUACCUCGGGCAGAACAGGCUGAGGUCAUCCCAGGUGUACCAAACGACCUGCUCCUUCCCGGUGCCAUUGGUGUCCUCGCGGUGGUUAUUGUUGGUGUGUUCAUCCUUGGUCGUUCGACUAGUCGUUAG